GCCAAUGGUUGCUCCAGACUCUGCCUUGGCGGUGAUGGCAGCAGCCUCUGCCCCUUUGCUGGCGCUAUGUGGCCCCUGUUGGUGCUGCUGCUGUUGGGCUUGGCGAGCUGCGGUUCAGCUCAGCUAAUAUUUAAUAUAACCGACUCUGUAGAAUACACCAAAGAUAAUAAAACUAUUCUCAUCCCAUGCAUAGUCAAUAAUUUGGGGUCAAAGAGCCUUGAAGAAAUGUUUGUAAAGUGGAAAUUCAGAGAUAAACAAAUUUUCUACUAUGAUGGAUAUAAAGAUGAAUCCAAGUCCACCAGUGACUUUUCGAGUGCACACAUCGUAUCAGACACACUGCUAUCAGGCAAUGCCUCAUUGAUUAUGGACAAGAGCGAUGCUGUCCCAGGAAACUACACUUGUGAAGUAACAGAAUUAACUAGAGAAGGCGAAACCACCAUAGAACUAAAAUAUCGUAUUGUUAAAACUCAGCUAUUAUUUAAAACAAUCAAAUCUGUAGAAUACACCAAUGACAACAAAACUGUUCUUAUCCCAUGCUUAAUCACUAAUUCAGAGGCAAAGAGCCUGAAAGAAAUGUUGGUGAAGUGGAAAUUCAAAGACAAAUACAUUUUCACCUAUGAUGGAGAGAAAAAUGAAGCCCACCCCAACAGUGAAUUUUCGAGUUCAUACAUCGUACCAGACGCACUACUAACAGGCAAUGCCUCUUUGAUGAUGGACAAGAGCCAUGCUGUCCCAGGAAUUUAUACUUGUGAAGUAUCAGAAUUAAGUAAAGAAGGCGAAACCACCAUAGAACUAAAAUAUCCUGUUGGUAAGAAUUUUAUAAUCUUUUAUUUGUCCUGCAGUUGCCUAAUCCUAUUAGAAAUGGGGCUAGGGGCUCCUUUGAAUCAAAAAGCAGUUUAUGACUAA